GUGGUGAAAUUUUAAAAGAUUUGAUUGGGCGGCGCGACUUUUUGGCUCCACGAAUCGCUAAUUCAACUUAUUUUGACCGCCCAGUUUUCAUCAAAUUGUUUUAAGAUGAGAGUAAGAAUGAAAGUUAUGGUUUUCCAUCUUCGAGGAAAAAAGAUGGUGAGCGGGUGUUUUUAAAUGCUGGCGAUUUUUCCUUUUGCCAAUCGUAUCGAUUAGUGAUAUACUUGAUGGUCGGUAGGUUUGGUUGCUGGAAAGAGACUAUAUUUUUAUCUCUCUCUUAAAUUCUCUCAAAGAAAAUGUCUCUCAAGUGCUCUUGUUUCUUUUUCCUAUUUCAUAAGAUGCUCAUUCAUGGAGUUUCAGGAAAACUCAAAUACGAUGUCUAGUCAUUGACAUUAAUUUUAAAACUUUAUCUCAGGAAUUAUGUGAUAAACUAUAUGGGGAAGUUGAUGAUGUACUCUAUGGACAUGUUAUUAUUUCGAGUUUAAAAAUGCACUUCCUUGUUACAAGGACAAUGGAUGAUGCGUACUUGAACUCAUAGAAAAAGACGCUAUUCACAGAAAAAAAACGCAAAAAUGCAACAAGGCUGUUGUGAUAUGUAUGGAUUGAGUAUGGAGAAGUCGAUGGUUAUGAGAAUGAGUUCCGACCUGAUGGAGCCCAUUGAGCUUAUACACCAUGGCUUGUCAAAUGAGCGAGCAUCUCCCCUCGAGAGCCAGACGUGCUCUGGGGAUGAAGAUGGUAAUAGUAGUGAAAAUCAAAACAGAAGCCCUCCUACAAGUUGCGAAAAUAGCAUAAUGGAAGAGUCCAAAACGAAAAAGCGACGCAAGCAAAGCAACCCUUUAAGAUAUCAGACAACACCGGCGAUGCCUUUACUGGAGAGCGAGGAUUGCAAUACUGUUGAAGAGGAACACAGCGACGAGGCACUCGAUUUGCAAACAAGACCCGAUGCAAGGCAUAGCGAAAUCCAAGCUUGUUUAUUCCGUUGCCACCAUUGCAGCAGUGAGUUUGACAAUGAAAACAAGUUACGGGUUCAUUUGGAGGAAGAGCAUGUUCAGAAAGUCUUGGAAAGACAACUCCAGCAGCAAUCCUACAACAAAGCUACCUCAAACAAUAACAAAGAAGUAAAUAGUAGCGAUGCAGCCAAAGAAAAUAACUCUCAUAAACUAAAUGAUAUUGGAUUUCAGCAACUUGUCCCGAUUGACCAAACAAGAAACAGUCCUCCAGAAAAUUUAAUGCAAGAAAACAGAGACUUUAAAAACCCACAUUUUCCUUUUCCUCCAAUGCCUCCUUUCAUUCCAUUUUCUCGAAGUGAUGAUUCGAAACCGGGUAACUUACCUGUUCCACUUUCGAUGUUUCCAAAUCCAAUGGCACCAUUCCUAUUUCCCGUCAUUCCACAAGGACAAACACCUCCAGUAUCUAAUGGCAAUACACAUUCCGGACAGAGUGUUAGAAUUUUUAAUUUAGAAGCCUAUUGUGAGCUUUGCAAUAAAGAGUUUUGCAACAAAUAUUUUUUAAAGACUCAUAAGGCAAACAAACAUGGUAUCUAUUCUGUUGAAUCUAUUGUAAGCUCUCCUUAUGGAACUCCUUAUAUGUCUCCCAGUUUAAACAGCCCCAUUCCCUUACCCCACUUGCUUCAAACUCAAAAUCCAGAACCAAUGCAACCACGAACUGGAAUGAUGAACAUAGAAUCUUACUGCGAAAUCUGCCAGAAGGAAUUCUGCAAUAAAUAUUUUCUGAAGAAGCAUAGACAAAAAAUUCAUGGUAUUAUUGAACCAGGUCAGAGCAUUUCUCCCAGUUCGACACCUUCGCACGAAAAUAAGAGUAAUUCUCCUGUUAUGACAACAAGCGCUCUCUCUUUAUCAGCUGUAACGAAUUUCCCAGAGAAACUUUCAGAUGAAAAUAGAGAGAACUCAAUUUCAAAGAUGGAAUUUCCUUCGCUUUUUAGUUUGCAACAAAACCAUAAGCCACCAACUCCUGUCACCACUUCUUCUGCAGGAAUCAUAUCUAAUUCUUCUUCUUCCAAUCCGUGUCCUCCAGUUACUUCUGGUAGUAUGCCUGUGAGUCUUCACUCGCCUAUCCACCACGGAUCGUCGGGUGAGAAUUCAGUAUCUCAUGUAUUUACUCCAGAGAAACUAAGAGAAAUGGGAGUUAUCAAUGCUGAUGCAUUUUGUGAGAUUUGUUGCAAGGAAUUUUGCAACAAGUAUUUUUUACGAACCCACAAAUUGAAUAAGCAUGGAAUUAACAUGCCAGAAAUCUCUCCAGGAAAAAUACCUUCGGGUCCCUCUAGUCAUAACCAAGGCAGCCUGUCAAAUGAAAAAGGCGAACUGAAUUUCGACGAGAGUCGCAUUUCAGAAGAAUUACUCCAUGAUCCUCAAUCAAAUCUGACAUUUGAAGGGCUGACUGGAGAACUGUCAUGUGAUUUCUGCAACAGACCCUUCUCUAGUCUUUAUUUGUUGAAAAUGCACAAAUUUUACACUCACAACAUUCCGUACAUAAAAGAGGAAAGCAAAUCCAAACCUAAUUCUCCCUCGGGUGAACACAACCAGGAAAAUAAGGAAAAUGAAUUUGUUAGACCACACUUACCGAUUCCUCUUCCUCCUAAUUCAUUAAUGCCAGAUAACAUCCCAACAUCUUUACAAGAAGAUGCAGCUAGUCAAGACUUGCAAAAACUGCAAAGCAUGAUCAGAGAACUCAACGCUUCAGCUGGUUCUGAGAGUAGCAAAAUUUUGUGCAAUUUAUGCAAAUUGGAAUUUGAUAAUAAAUAUUUCCUUCGUGCGCACAUGAUGAAUGAACAUGGUGUUCUUCCCAACGAAGAUGGUCAUGUAUCGGGACACAAUAAUUCGGAUUUUAACCUUCAAACAAAAUUAUCUGAGGCAACCUCUGACUUCCAAAGAUUAAGUUACCCUAAUGCUUCAUCUACUGUUGACUCUGAGGCAUACUGUGAAAUUUGUCAGAAAGAAUUUUGCAGCAAAUAUUUUUUGAAAACGCAUAAGCAGAACAUUCAUGGACUUCCAGUGGACAUGAGUUCGGCUCCCAAAAAGUCUCUGGCAGAUGAAGUGUGUCAAAUAAAAUCAAUCGUUAAUAACACUUUGUCCACAUCUCUUAUCCCUGUUCCUAGUAACUCUGCCACGCCAAAUAUCAGUAGUAUAACUACAGCAGUAAGUUCUACGAUUCAGCCAACGAUUCCAAAUUCGUUUUCCCCCAUUAACUCCCAUAUUCCAGUUAUUACUUCUACUAGUGUGGGAGUUCAGCAAAAUCCAACCUCUAGUCCCUCAACUAUUAUUUCUUCUUCAUCUUCUUUGCCAUCCUCCAUUGCUUUAUCCACGGCUUUAACUUUAUCUUCUUCAAUACCUUCUUCAGCCGUAAGUUGCGCACUUACGCCUAGUUCAACACAACCCCUUACAAUUCCACCCACGUCUAUGAUCCACGCAUCCAGUGUGGGACAUUUACCCAGCAACUUAACGGUUCCUAAAGUUUCGUCGAUGCCUAAUAUCAACCAUAGCUUAAAUUUAAGUAAUUCAUGUACGACAACAUCUUCAGCCAAUAUAACAAGUAUCUCCCAAAUGACAAUUCAUGCUGCUCACAUUCCAAGUUUACAUAAUCCAAAUAGUAACCCAUUGUGUUCUCUUGAGAAACCACGUAACUUAACUGGACGUAACUAUUGUAAUAUAUGCAACAAGGAAUUGUGUAACAAAUACUUUAUGAAAACACACAUGCUUAAAAUGCAUGGAAUUAACCUGGAUAGUCAACCACACGAGGCAGCUCGAAUCAGCACCAUUGGAGGGGUUCAGUGCGACAUUUGUCAAAAAGAGCUAUGCAGCAAGUAUUUCCUCAAAGUUCACAAACAAAAUACCCAUGGUAUUUUUGAAGAGGGGUCACAGGGGAAAGACUUAAGAGACCAUCCUUCCUUCCUUGAAAAAGAGCAACCACUACAAGGCUUAGAUUUGAGCGAUCCCAGUGGUCGAUAUUUCAGUCACUAUCCAGAAAUUUGUCCUGUUUGCAAUUGCCGAUUUAAGAGCAUAAAAUGGCUGAAAGCUCAUAUGAUAAGUGACCACGGCAAUAUACUUAAAGAAAACUUUUCCCAUAAUACCCUUCCAAGUAGUCCUGAAAGUAACAAUGGCUCUUUAGACAAUAGCUGCUUAUGUGUCCUCUGUGGUCAAGGGUUCCAAGACAAAGUCGCUCUUCACGUUCACCUGAUCAAGGACCAUCACUCGCCAUCAGAUGAGAUAGGAGUUAUUGCCAAUAACUCAGGGAUAAAAACGCCAACGGCAGACUCCUCCUCAACGAUGAUGGUCCCAGAACAGGCACGAGUCAACGGCACAUCUUCGCCGGUGAACGCGACAACACCAAACGGCAACCAUUCGAGACCACACCCGAAGCCUCAUGGUGGUGGUGGCAGUCGAAUCUACCACUGUUCCUUUUGCGUUUACUCCACUCGAUGGCUGUCCAAUCUUUACGCACAUGAGAAAAGGCACACCGGAGUGAACACUGAAGGGGAGAAAAAAUUCGUCUGUCGAGUCUGCCAUAGGGCGUAUCGAUACAACCAUUCGCUCCAACGUCACUUCUUGAGCCAUCGAGCCGCUGGUCUUAAUUUGAAAGACAUGGCCCAGCCCCUGAUCAUGACUUCCCACUCAUCUCAUCAUUUGUCUCCCUUAAACAGGCCUUGGAACUCUCAUUUUCACAAAAAAGGAAGUGAGUUUAGCCUCCAUAACAAAGGUGUUGGCGGAAACCUUGGCCAAACAGGCAACAAAAUCAAACGAUAUCGCUGUAGCAAAUGCAGUAAAAAAUUCCGUAGCAGGGAGCUGUGCCUAGCUCACAUCCACGCUGUCCACAGCGGAGGCAAGCGAACAGGCGGCUCGAUGCUCCAGAAGAGCGUCAAGCCGUUUCGAUGCCGUUUUUGUGGUUUCCAGACUAGAGUCUGGAACGUUUUGAGAAUACAUAUCAACAGGCAACAUCAAAAUGACCUCUUUGAUUCAACAGAAAAGCAGCAACAGCCACAAUUUGAUAGUCUCUCCAACGAUGAUAAACCAGCUUCCACUGAAAUAUCUUCGGUCACAGAACCACCGGUAGCUUCUUCCCCCUGUUCACCUUCUCCAAGAACAGGAAUUCCAGAUAUUUUUCCUCCUGGAAUGCCUCCUCCACCUCCAAAUAGCCCCCAUCUCCCAAUGACUUUUGCCAUGCCCCAAAAUCCUCCAACUGCUGGUUCCUUCAUUAUGCAACCGUUUCUGCUUGCUCAGCCGGAAUGUGACGGUGUCACCCGGAAUGGUACAUUUGUGCCAUCGCUAGUCUACCUUCCUGUGUGCCAGAAAGUGUCCCAACCCAUGACUGUUGCGUUCACGCUAACUCCAGCAUGAAGGCGAUGCUGGGAAAGAUUCAAAAAUAAGAUACCGUUACAACUUUGCGAUCGCUACUCAUCGUAACUUAACUUCCUUGUAAUAUAUUUUCUGUGAGAACGAAGUUUAGGUAGCGAUGAGUGGUGCGAGCCAUUCCAAAAGCCGAAAAUCAAAAUGUAUUGAAAAAAGAUAUUAAGCCAUGGUAGUUGCAUUUACGUUUUAUUCCUUGUUAUUUUAAUGAACUUAUUAUAUAGAUUUAAAAAAAAUAAUUACGCAAACAAAUUACACCCCAAAAUCAAAAUGGUUGAUAAUUUAUUGGACAAUUUGUUUCACAAUGUGUAUAUGUAUUGUAAGUCAUAUCACUCAAGAUUGAUCUCCGGUAUUAUAUAGCAUGCAGAUUUAUUUACGAAAAAGUAAAACAAAAUGUAGUACUAGACAAAGCCCUAUGAUAUUCCACUCGGCCAUUUGGAAAAUCAGCUUGGUUGCUUGAAGAAAGAGACUUGCUCAAGUACAAUAUCCUCUGCUUGUGACUUUUUCCGAAUAUUCGUCGACUGAUUCUGUCAAGCGGUCCUAUAGCCCUUGGGGACUAGUAACUCUUUGGUGACUGUCCUUCUUCUUACUCAGGGUCUUUUUAAAAAUAUAAUAUAAAGAGAGAACAAAGUACAAUGUUACCAUAGAGCAAAUGGAUGAUGUCCCCUAUGCAACUCAGUCGACGAGUAUACUGGUGUGCAAUUUUCAGUCAUCAAGUUAUGCCUGUGAACUGCAAGCAGACGGGUCAUUGCAAUACGAGGUAAAACAAAUAAAAGGUCCGGUGUACUGGUAAGGUGAUUUUUAUUGCAACAAGUGGGCCUUUGCCUCUCAAAAGAGGGUAAAAAAAUAAUAAAUGUUAUUCCGAGCCUGGAGGAUUAUUUCAGGUUAGUUAAGGUUUACAAAAAAAAAUGAGAAACUUUUUCAGUUUGUUUUUCUCUUAGAACGUUUCCCGUUCGAGAGAAAAAAACUUGUCCCAAUAAUCAAUCAAAAAAAAAUCAUGAGAAGUUUUUUUAAAAUUCUUCUCAAAUUCAUUCAGGGAGAAAGAUUUUUAGACACUAAAUACAAAUGUACGCUUCAAGUCUAUUUAUUAAUAACGAGAAAAAUAUUAUCUUGUAUUAUUCUUAGCUUAGAUGUCAUAAUGUAUGUAGAUGUAUAACUAUUUAUUUGUGAGGUAACUGUAAGCAGGUUUUACAAACCAGCUUGGAAGAUUUUUUUAAAAUUUUAUUUUUAAUUUAUGUCUCGACUGAGAAUUUUUUAAUUUUGAAAUGACAUAGCAAGCACAUGUUUUGUACGAUUGCAGCUAUUGUGCAAUACCUAACCUAGUCUUUUUAUUUUGUUAAUGUUAGUAUUUUAUUUCAAACGUAUUUUCUAGUUGUUGAAAGAAACUGAGAAUUCGUCAAGGUUAUACACAUUACUUUUUUUUCCAAUCCAGUUUUUUUUAAUGUAUAUUAAAGUAUACAUACAAUGUAAUAUCAGAAUAACAUGUAUUUGUGUUUAUUUUUUGUAUUAAGGCUAAUAUUGUAGCAUGUGCCUGUUAUGCGUUUCGAUUUAUCAAUUUAAUUUAAUUUAAUUUAAUUAAGAUGUCUGAUGGCCAUUAAACUGUUUUUCUAAGCCCACUCAGAAGUUUGUGGGACCA